UACGAGAUUGCAUGAAUGAUUCAUCCACAUUCCUUGGAGAGUUGCUUUACCAAUAACAACUUCAACAAAAGUUUUGAUUUCAUCUCACCGGACAAAACAAACCUAAUUAUUCCAAAAAUUUCCUUCCUUUCAUCUUCAAAUAACAACUACAAUUUCUGGAAUUAUAGUAUUCCUACUUUCAUCUUUUUGCAUCAACUAUUCCUAUACCAAGCAGCCAUGAUCGAUCACGUUAUACCACCAUGAACACUGACCCAGUGUCCAUCACGUGAAUUACCCGACCCGAUCAAAUCUGUGUGUUUCCUUUCUCCAAGAAAAUCUUCCAUGAGCAUGUCUUCGCCAUCUUCACUAUCUACCUCUUCUUCUUCUGCAUUUGCGUCUGCAUCUUCUUCAUCUACAACUUCAUGGUUUUCUGGAAUUGUUCGUGGCCGUUCUGAUAGGAAUUUGCCCUCUAAAACUGCCCCUCAUUCUGUCUCGACUGUUUCCGGUAGCGCUGGUUCUUUAGGUCCUGUUAUCAAGAAGAACCACUUUCAGGGUGUCCUUUUUCGUUAUGGUCCCAAGUCUAUCCAGGUUGCAUUUAAAACAGGUGAUUAUAAGCAACAAGUCAUAUUUAUUGGCGGACUUGCUGAUGGGUUUAUGGCUACAGAGUACUUAGAGCCUUUGGCGAUAGCUUUGGAUCAUGAAAAAUGGUCAUUAGUUCAAGUACUACUUUCGUCGUCUUACAAAGCAUAUGGCACUUCAAGUCUUGAGCAAGAUGCUCUGGAGCUUGAUCAAUUAAUCAGUCACUUAAUUAACAAAGAAAAUUCUAAUGGUGUUGUUCUACUUGGUCAUAGUACUGGAUGUCAAGACAUAGUGCAUUAUAUGCGCACAAAUGCAGCAUGUUCCAGAGUUGUCCGUGCAGCCAUUUUGCAGGCUCCAGUUAGUGACCGUGAAUACCGAGCAACACUUCCUGAAACCGCGGAAAUGAUUGAUCUAGCAUCAAAAAUGAUUAGUGAAGGAAAAGGAUCAGAUCUAAUGCCUAGGGAAGCAAAUGCAGAUGCUGCUAUAACUGCAUAUAGGUUUCAUUCCCUUUGUGCGUAUAUGGGUAACGAUGAUAUGUUCAGCUCUGAUCUUAAUGAACAUCAAUUGAGAACAAGACUGGGUCACAUGUCCAGCAUACCUUGCCAGGUCAUCUAUUCAAUGGCAGACGAAUAUGUGCCUGAGUAUGUCGACAAGAACGCACUUGUUGAAAGAUUAUGCAAAGCGCUUGGUGGAGCAGAGAAAGUUGAAAUUGAAUACGGUAACCACUCCUUGUCCAAUAGAGUAGAAGAAGCUGUGCAGGCUAUAAUAGACUUCGUUACGAGAGAGACACCUCAGGGCUGGGACGAUCCUUGGAGUUGAGUUGUGAUGCUGUCAAUCGUAUCCCUCUUGUUUUCUUCCCCUUCUCGACAAAAUACACGGUAUUUUUCCUAAUCAUUUAUUUAUUUAUUAAUUAGUAGCUUCCUCACAUAGAUUCGUCGUAUUCCAGGCGUUCAAUUGUACUCGUAAAUUUGUUAAAAGUAAAGAAAAACAAUUUUUGCGUAGUGUUUAUUCUUUUGGUUGUCAUUCGUAAUGAACAUGAUUUUGUUUAUCAUGUUGUGGAGAGAAUGACGUUCUUAUACGAUUUACCAACUUAUUCCAGCCCUGUCAAUUUUACUAUAUUGUUUCUGAUCUUUUAGAGUUAUAUCAUUCUAAUAUCGGGUCUAUCUUAUUUACAAUCUUGAUCAGAGAUAACUGGUAGACUCGUUUACGCUUUGGUUAGUUUGGUUAAUAGAUUUGACAUCAACUCGUCGCUUAAUCUGCCUACUAUAUGUUGCUAAGCAUUGUCAUAAUUCGAGGAGAUAUCGGCCUGGAGUUGCCUACUCAGUGCAGGAUUUUCAGAUUCUGAGUUGUAUUUGGGUCAGAGAUAACUGAACGGUAGAUGGUUUCACAAAGAAAUACUAAAUUAUCUAUUGCAUAUUGCAAUACACAAGUAUGUUGGAAAGUUUUUGUUCACCAAAUGACAAUUGUUACUCCCUCCAUUUGCAACAAAUACAACCCCAAACUCUUGCAAAUUACACCAAUAAUAUAAGUACUAAAAUAUUUCUAUUGUGAUA